UUUCAAUUCCGUAAAUUUACUCUCUGGGUUUACUUAGGAGCGUAUAGUCGAGGGUUUCUGUUUUUCCCGAAAAUUUUAGGGUUUUUAAUGCCAUAAUUAUUUCUAGGGUUUUGUUUUCUCUUUGUAGUUGGUGCAAUUAGGGCUUUCUUGUACAAUGGACUCUGAUCUGGCGAAGCUAUUCGUUGGGGGAAUUUCUCGUGAGACCAAUGAAGAGACUCUAAGAUGUCACUUCAGCAAGUACGGUACCGUUCUGGGUUCACUGAUAGCUAGGGAACGAAUUACCAAAAAUCCUAGAGGGUUUGGCUUUGUUUGGUUCUGCGACCCUUCUUCAGCCGAGGAAGCACUCAAAGAUAGUCACGCUAUACUGGGAAGAACGGUAGAUGUGAAAAGAGCAAUACCCAGAAGUGAACAACACCAAAACCAACAACAGCUGCAACAUUAUCCUAAUGAACAACAGAAUAGUCUCUUGAUUAAGAAUACUAAUAAUGGUGAGAUCGAUAAUCAUAGUAUUAGGACAAAAAAGAUUUUUGUAGGGGGUUUAUCAGCUAAUCUAACCGAGGAGGAGUUUAAGAAUUACUUUGAGAAGUUUGGUAGGAUAAUAGAUGUAGUAGUUAUGCAUGACAACAUGACAAACCGGCCUAGGGGAUUUGGUUUCGUCACCUAUGAUUCAGAGGAAUCUGUUGAGAAUGUGGUGCAGAAGACUUUUCAUGAGUUGAAUGGUAGGCUUGUGGAAGUUAAGAGAGCUGUGCCUAAAGAGGAAAUAAAUGGUUGCACAGGUAACUUUAAUGCAAGAGUUGGCAUCGGAAAAGGGUCUUCUUAUCGAAGUUUUCAAGCUGGCAAUCAACCUCCUUAUUCUCCUGGAUAUGGAGUUCCCCCUUGUGCUCCUAUUCCUGGGCAUUGUGGUGUUGGAGGAUUUCCUGGAGGAGGCAUAUUGGGGGGUGGAUACCCUAUGGUUGUGUAUGGCAAGUAUGAUUAUGGGGUUCCUCCAAUUAUUCCUAGGAGCCCCUGGUUUGCCCCUGUGAUGAUUAGAUCUUUUGCAUGCCCUGCUCCUUAUGGCAAUGCUUCCAUUUUUCCUACUUACUUGAAUGGCAGGGUUGGCGUGAUGGGAACGACAGCUGGUGGUUGGAAUGAAACUGUUGGUGCUGGAGUUGACGGGAAAUUAGGUCAGGUUCUGGGUGGCAGUGGACAUCUGCUAGCUAAUGCAGCACCAUCUCAUAUUGAAGGGGUAAAAUCAGAUGUCGAGUGUACGGGUUUGAAAGGAAAUAAUGAUGGUGCUUCAAGUGAACAGAAUCAGAAAGGUCUAGAUGGGCGAUUUAAACCUUUGCCUGUAGGUUUUUCUAGAUGACCAUGCAUAGUUUUCAGGUGAGGAUUGAAAGGUAGUAAAUUCUUUCACUGGUUGGGUAGGCUAUGUAACUUUCAUUGUUAUUAUGUUCAUUGUCUUUUUAGAUGUUCUUUAUGUGUGCUAUAAGCAUGUUGCUUCAUGUGUCAUCACUAGUGUUCAAUAAUUUGUCAGUACAGGAUUUUGUCUUCUGUAAUAUAAUUGCUUUAAACUC